AUGGAAAAGGAGAACCGCUCUGAGAAGAAAAAAAGGAACAAAGAUGCACAAGGAAGUGAGGAAAGCGAGCAGGGCGUGGGCCCACACAGCGCAAGUAGUUACGAUGAAAGCGGCUUUUACCAGGACCCCCCCGACAAUGACGCUUCGGACAGUCAAGACGAAAUGAGUGACUUGGAGGAUCUGCCAGAAUAUGAAAGGGAACUGAUCCUAGCGAAGAGGCAUGAAGAACACAUGAUAAAGGAACAUCGGAGGAUUCUCCUAAAAAAGGUAAAACCCCAAUCGCAGGUGGAAAAAACAGAUCAGGACGAUGACAGCAACUAUGUGGUGCAGGGGGGGAAAUCAGUUACCACUGCUACGGGUGGUAAAGCCGCACUGGGGAAGACGAAGAAGAAAGUUGCCCCCCCGUCGACAGACAAAGCGGACAUAUCUGGUAGAUCUACCAAAGAAGGAACAACAGCAGAAAAAAAAAAGAAUAAACAGAGUUCGAAAGUUGGAGGGGGAGGUACCGCUGCAAGUUCCGCCGUGGAGGGAGAUCUACACGGAAAUGAUUCAUAUGAUGAUAUCAAAAAAGGGAAGGAUUCUUCUCUGUCACGGAUGCAGGAGAAAGAAGCAACCAAACGGGGAGAAAAUGAAAAGCUUGGUUACCAAACGGAUAGAGUGAAGGGUAGACGCUUAAACAAAUUGUACAGCGAAACGGGGGAGUCCUCCCCGUCAGACUAUUCUUCUCAUAAAAAAAAGAACGUAAAAAAGGAAAAGAAGAAAAAGGAAAGCACCCUACACACACAGGACGGAGUUAGCAAACAUUUCGAUGUGACCACGUCAGAUGGGGGGAACGAGUUAUACACAAACGACAGGGGGGAGAAGAGAGAAGACUGGAACAGGAGGAAGAAAGUGAUGAAGAAGGGGUCCCACGUGUAUGAGGGUAAACAACGACCAGGUCAUGGAUCUUCCGACAGUGGUGACAGUCGUUACAGCCGUGACAGUCUCACGCGAAGUAGGAGCGCCACAAAGGAUAACCACCAAGGGAAGAGACUCUUUGAAGAUUCGAAGGAUGGCAGUGACGACCACGGAGGAGAACUAUUUGCUAAAGAGACAAUGACACCUGAACGGUUAAUACAAAUAUACAAGGAGGAGAAGAAGAUCAAACUGGAGGUGUAUAAAUAUAUGACCUACGAAAUUAUCACCUACUUUCAGUUAAAAAAAACCUUCCUCCUGGAUAUGAGUGAGCAUAUUAACUUUGCCUACCAUGUGAUUGGCCAUUUGGUUAAGGUUAACGAUGCGAACCACCUGGUAAGAGUUGCGACCGGGGAGAGAAUGAAAAAUGACCCAAUGGGUAACCCCCCUGGUGGGAAGAAUGUCCCCACUGAGCAGAGAAGAAAAGCGAAGGAGGUGAACGCCCCAAAUGAAGAGGCAACCAACGCAACAACUGACGAACAGACAAUCCAAAAAAAUAAAAAAAAUAUUUUUUUCAUAACCAACGUUGUAAAAAGCGAAAACUACUUCUGCAUUGAUAGACACACAAACGUCAAACUUGAAAUAGCCCACUUGGAAAACAUCGAAAAUGUAUACUUCUUCUCCCGAAUGAAGAAUCAGAUGGUAAAAAAUAGGAAGCUACACACUAGUGAAUUAACAACGCAUGAUAAUUGGUGCGUCCCCCAUGGGGGUAGUACCUUCCUCUGCGACCUGAACAACAUAUCCGACCAAAAGUUUUCCGUGGAUGAAUAUAACUGCAUUAAGUUAUUUUCCAUCGAUGUAGAUGUUUUAAAAAAUUUCCACCACUUUUUGAGAGAGAAAAUUGAAGACUUAAAAAACUUUCGUUACACGGAAAGACAAAUUGAGGACCUGGUAGAAAUGAAAAAGAAGCAGAGUUUCCAUGAGAUUUUUAGCAACAAGAAAAGUUUGGACGCUGUGCCUAUUUCGCGUAUCACUGUCCAGAGGGAGAUCUGCUCCAUUCAGCGGGAAAUCGAUACGCUCAAUUAUGCUAAGAAGAAAACCAACCCCCGGGAUCUGCAUGCCCUGUCACAGCUGGCACAACAAAUUGACGCCCUCACGAGGAAGAAGGACAUCCUCAAGGGGCAACUGCAGAAGGCGCGAAGUAAGACAAAUAAUGGAACAGCAGAUUGGUUGAUCGCCAACCUCGCGCCUAACAAAACCACGGAGGGAGCCCACCACGAGAGGGAUAAAACCAUCUCCAAGGAGAAGCCCCUCAGGACCUACAGGAGCGCCCCCCUCAUGGAGGAACCCCCCAACAAGUUGCUAGGGGUAGAGGAACGGAGGGGCAUCUCCCAACUGGCCAACUACAUCCACGAGGAAAAAAAAAGCUUUACGAAUUCUCUCACGGGGAAGUUUGUUGAUCUACCUCUGGAAGUGCACAACAAAAUUGUCACCCACUUUUUGCUCGGCUGUCUGGAGAGGGACCAGGUCUAUUUGGACAACCCGCCGGAGGACAGCUCGGAUGACGAAGCGGGGGAGGACUACCAUCUCUUCGGAGUCAACAUCGCUAGUCGUGUAACUCCCUUCGAGGAGCUGAAGCAGAAGAAUUUUAACUGA